AGCGGAUGUUGGCCAGGUCGAGCGCCUUGCUGGCGUCGGAGAGGUCGAUUGCCGUAUCCAUAGUGUUGGGUGUGUUGUGUGCUGGUGGAAGAACCGUGCGUAAGAGGCAGAGGGAGGUGGAGUGGGAGAGAGUGGCAGAGAGAUGGAUGGCAGUCACAGCGACACCGGCGUCGAGGCGCGCUGGAGACUGGGGACUGGAGUGUUUGCUGCUUCGAACGAAUCGUGAAGCUCAUCAUCAUCAACAACCUCGGCCUCGUGUCACGAUCUAAAAAACAUUCCGCUUCCCGUCUUUGGCCACGCGACAUCUGUUUCCUGCCAUAUCGCCCAUAUUCGAUAAUGACUUCAUAGUCUUGGUCGCAUACCAUGUCUACGCAACGAGGCCGGAAUCCUCCACAGCCAUCGUCGUCGUCACACAGGCGAAGGGCUUCUGCCAACAUUCCGCACGACGACGAUGAAGGCCUACUAGGUUCGCGACAGCUUGAAGCCUUUGGCCGCACCGUCCAUGCCACAGCCAGCCAUUUCCUGGGCCCCUCUGCUGGCGAACCCCACCACUACCAAAAUGCAAUGGGCGACAUCCACCGCGAGCUACGGCGACCCUUGAUCCAGCGCUCCGUCUUUGAGCUUGCCAAAGCUUCGCCCAAGGAACUCGUCAGGUCCACCUUUUCUACCACUGAGAUUCAACAUCGCGCAUUAGCACACCUGCCCGAUGACCUCCUCCGCCACAUCCCCGAACGCUCCAGCACCUACUCGCUCUUCCAAGGCUACCAAGCCACGAAACCAGAAGAGAAGAAGAAGAAGUCUUCUCGCACGAAUGACAAGGGUCAGAAGCUGUUGGCCCACGACAGCGACGAUGAAGCAGACCCAUCUGCUGCGGGCAAUAUUAAAAAACUCAAAGGCAGAAAAGCCACCUCGGAACACCGACUAGAAAUGAUGGGUAUAAGAAAGAACAUGUGCAUUUCAGAGAUCAAGGAAAUCGACACCAAGAUCGCGAAUCUCAACACCAUGCGGAAAAUUGUCCUCCAACGACUGGCUGGUCAUGAGCAGGAAGAGGUCGACCUCGAGAACGAGAUACAGGACAUGGCUGAAAAGCUUCAGGAAAUGCAAGAGGAACUGGAAGAUGCUGCUGCUCUGGCCACAAAGUCUCCGCCACUGGAAACCACGCCAGACCCUCCUGCCGACCCAAACGAUAUGGCCGAGUCUACCGACACAUUCAUGUCCGAAUCUGUGUACGAGAAACUGCCCGACCCUUCACCAGUCAAGACGGAAAAAGAAAAGGAAAAGGAAAAGGAGAGGAAGAAGCGUCGCGUCAACAGGCGCAAGUCCAUGCCCGUGCUGCACGAACACAUGGAGACGGGCUCUCGCAUUCGUGAAUUCCAGGCACACAACGACAUGAUCACUGCUCUCGACUUUGACGCUCCCUUUGGUACUCUGGUUUCUGCUGCCCUGGACGACACUGUUCGCGUGUGGGAUCUGAAUGCUGGAAGAUGCAUCGGUCUUCUCGAGGGCCAUCUCUCUUCCGUUCGUUGUCUACAGGUCUCGGACAACUUUGUGGCCACUGGCUCUAUGGACGCCAGCAUUCGUUUCUGGGAUUUGAAUCAAGCCGAAUAUUCUCCUCCGCCGCCAACGCGAAAUAACAGAUUUGGACGCAAUGACAAGGACCCCGAGGAUGAAGAAGAUGAUGCCGACAUGUUCUCUGACUCUGAAUUGGACCCCCUCCCUAUCGCACCGACGUCUUCCAUGCAGGAUUGUUUGGUCGCCGAACUUUCUGCUCACGUAGCUGAAGUCACUGCUCUUCACUUCCACAAGAACACUCUUGUUUCUGGUUCAGCCGACAAGACACUACGUCAAUGGGAUCUCGAGAAUGGUCGUUGCGUGCAAACACUCGAUGUAAUGUGGGCAGCUGCCCAAGCUAGUGUGUCAAACAACAGCUUCGGCGCUCCUUCACCAGCUGCUGCUGAUCCUACUGCCUCCGAAGGAUGGUGGAGACCUGCUGCAGGCCGUCUUCCUCCUGCUGAGGCAGACUUUGUCGGUGCUAUCCAAGUGUUCGAAACAGCGCUGGCAUGCGGUACCGCCGAUGGUAUGGUUAGACUUUGGGAUCUGAGGAGCGGUAGUGUGCACCGCAGUCUGGUCGGCCACACUGGGCCAAUCACAUCAUUGGCUUUCUCUGGCAUUCAUAUGGUGACUGGCAGCGCUGAUCGCAGUGUUCGCAUCUGGGACCUUCGUACCGGAGGAAUUAUCGAUGCCUUUGCCUACGACUCUCCCAUCGUUGACUCGUCCGUCGACGCAAGACAUAUUGUAUCAGCGAUUGGUGAGUCAGUGGUCAAGGUAUACGACAAGACUGACGGCAACCAAUGGGAUUGCGGGCCUGGCGCAUCUGGAGAGGAGGACCAAGGGCCGCUGUCGGCGAUUGAGCGCGUCCGCAUCAAGGACGGAUACCUGGUUGAAGGCAGAAAAGAUGGUGUCGUUGGCGUGUGGUCAUGUUGAUAGUCCUCGUAGUGCGGAAACAUACAAAGCAUAUCUGCAUCUCAUUCAGGCAUUUACUCGAGCGCUGUUCUUGCAUUCGUGUGUAUCUGGUGCGAGAGUGUAUGAAGCUGAACAGCUCCACCAUCAAGGUCGUCCGACAAGAUCUGCAUAGCUGCCCCUCUACACAUGUGCGGAUGAUGCAAACAAGAUUCGAUAGCCAUAAAAGAUACUCGAUGAUCAAUAAAGU